AAAUAUUAUUUUGGUAUAUAAACGAUUUUUACACGCACCUAUAUAGUAAAAAUAUAACCAAUAUGUUUUUCCAUAUUUCUAAAACGUUUUGUUGGUCAAUAGUAUUAAUUUCCCUUAUAUCACAAUCCAGGGAAGAUGAUUACGAAUAUUGUCCAGUUUUCAAUGGAUACUCGUUGGUGUACAACAACAAAGUUAACGGAACAUAUAUCAAACUUCGUAUUCCAGAAUCAAACUUCUUUGAGAAACUCAUCAACUGUAUUCAAAUUAUGGAUUUAAAAGAUGGUUCAUGUAAACCGACCAUUACACAUGGAGGAUUUGGAUAUAAAUACAUGGAGCUAAUUCUUGAAGGUGCAUCAGAAGUGUUGGAAUACGAAAUUCAAGUAUACACGUAUCUUUAAAAAGUAACAGAAAUUAUUUUUGAAUUUUUGUAGGCUUUUUAAACUUCAUAGCAAUGAUGUUAAAAAAAUAAAUAGGUAAAAUAUA